CAAAAACACAAAACCAUGACAGAAACACACCCACCCGCUGCGUUGAAUAGUUUGUGGAUUAAGUUUAUGGCAUACUAAAUUCUGGAUUUAGUCAAAAAAGUUUCUGAUUAUAUUAUAUAAGUUUCUGUUUAAAUUAGGUUUUAAAUAUUUUUUGUAUAGAUAACCAAUAGUAAUGUCCGAAAGCGAAGUUCACACACCUGAAGAUAUCGAACACGAAAUUGAAACAAACUAUAAACCACCCCCAGAAAAGACCAUUGAAGAAAUCCUUGCAGCAGAUCAAGAAGAUGAGAGUCUUAGGAAGUAUAAAGAAGCUUUGUUGGGAGAGGCACAAUCAGGAAAAAUUGUUGUAGAGCCAGAUGAUCCUAGAAAAGUUAUUGUCAAAAAGUUAGUGCUUGUGGUAGCAGGCAGACCUGAAGUGUCCUUAGAUCUUACUGGUGACUUAUCAAAGCUCAAAAAGGAAACAUUUACUAUAAAAGAAGGGGUAUCAUACAGAAUUCGCAUUGAAUUUAUUGUUCAAAGGGAAAUUGUUCAUGGAUUGAAGUAUGUACAGAAGACCUACAGAAUGGGUGUACCAGUGGACACAAUGACUCAUAUGGUCGGAUCAUAUGCACCAAAAACUGAGAUGCAGUCGUACACAACUCCUGCAGAGGACGCUCCUUCAGGAAUGAUGGCACGGGGAAAUUACACAGUUCAAUCGUUGUUUACAGACGACGAUAAAAACAAACAUCUGAAAUGGGAAUGGUCUUUUGAAAUCAAAAAGGACUGGAACUGAGAAAAGCACUUUUCUACCUCUUUUAUAAGAACAUACUUUAUCUCUACUCAAUAUCACGAAAAGAUAAUCAAGUAUUGAAAAGUAUAUUAUUUGUGUACCAAAUUCUAUACUUUCGUGAUGCUAAUUAUAUGGUGCAAUUAAGAUGAUAAAAGGAAGAAAUCAGUAAACUUGGUAUUUUUUUGUUAUGUAAUUAAUGAUUUAAGUUUUCAUUCGUCUAAGUCAAAAGUGUACCAGUGCAUUAAUUUUAUUGUUGAGAUAAUAGAUAAAUACAUUUUGCAUUUUGCCUUUGAAGCUAUUUUGGUAAAGUACUAUAUUGAUAAUUUUAAUUUUACGCUGCCCUGUAAUUUUAAUAGACAAUAUGUAAUUGUAAAAUAGUUUACAAUUAUUGUAAAAACGAGUGCAGGAUUGUGUUGUAUGUACGUACUGUUUACCAAAUAAAGUGCUUUUCUAAAAUAGUGAUGGAUAUUCAGA